AUGCAUAUUUCUAUUAGCAACGGUUAUAAUAUUCACGAUCAAGCUUUACAUACUAUAGAUCAUGGACCAUCAAAAUCAACAUCAAAUCAAAUCACAAGUUCUAAAUCUUCUUCAGUGAAUAUUGAUCAGUGUAUACCAGUAUAUGCUGUAAAAGAACUUGGUUGUAUGUUAUCCGAAGGAAAUAUUUUAUUUCAAGGACCAUUUCAAACAAUAUGUGAACAGCAUCAAUUAUGUUAUGCAUGUGGAUUUGCACAUAGUAUUACACAACGACAAUGUAAUAGAAUAACAUUAAACAAUAUGAAUGAGUUAUGUUUUCAAAAUAAAGCAUUAUCUUCAUCGGAUUGUAUGAAAGAAAAUUUUUUUAAAUUAUCAAUUCUUCAACAAUAUGAUUAUCAAUCAUAUAGUGCCACUCCCGGUUUGUUUUUGGAAUGUCGUCAACAGUGUGUUUACAAUUAUUUGCUUGCACGUUAA